ACAAAAAAAAUGUCUAUGGUACAUAGCGAUUUGAGGGGGCUGGGCACUCCCAUCCUGUAUUUAUUUUACUAAUUUCAAGUUAUAAUGAUAAUUGAUAACUGUACAGUGUUUUAAUGUGGUUUAAAAAUAUCAUGUGUAAUCAUUGACUUUGGUGGCUAUUCAGUUCGCGAUACAAAAAUGUCACUAUCUAGAGCAGUACACAUCAGCCAGCAGAAGCUGGCAGAAAAAUUAAUCAUAUUGAAUGACCGAGGCAUUGGAAUGCUCACAAGGAUCUACAACAUCAAAAAGGCAUGUGGCGACGCCAAAUCCAAGCCGGCCUUCCUCUCCGACAAAGCUUUGGAGUCUUCCAUCAAACACAUUGUUAGAAGAUUCCCCAAUAUUGAUGUCAAAGGCCUUCAAGCUAUUACAAACAUAAGAAAUGAAAUUAUAAAAUCUCUAUCUUUAUACUACUACACAUUUGUUGAUCUUUUAGAUUUCAGGGACAAUGUUUGUGAACUUUUGAACAUUAUAGACACAUGCCAGGUCACUCUCGACUUGACCAUCAACUUUGAGUUGACUAAAAAUUACUUAGAUUUGGUAUCAACUUAUGUAUCUUUGAUGAUAUUACUGUCUCGUGUGGAAGAUCGCAAAGCAGUUUUGGGAUUGUUCAAUGCUGCCCAUGAAAUGGUUCAUAAUCAAAUAGAUCCCAGUUUUCCUCGACUAGGGCAACUCAUUGUGGACUAUGAUGCUCCAUUGAAGAAGCUUACAGAAGAAUUUGUCAUUCAUCAGAAACCUUUGAUGUCAGCUUUGAAUUCGCUGUGGCAUGUUUACCCUGCCAGGAACCUCACAGCUGAGCACUGGAGAUCAGAACAGAAGCUGAGUUUAGUCAGCAACCCAGCUCUGCUUCUAAAACCUUCCGAAACAAACACAAUGUCUUGUGAAUAUUUGUCAUUGGAGUCUCUUGAAAGAUGGAUAAUAUUUGGGUUUGCACUAUGCCAUUCAAUGCUGCAGAAUGAAAGAAAUGCAAAAAUGUGGGUGAGUGCAUUGGAGUCUGGGUGGGUCAUUACACUUUUCAGGGACGAAGUCAUUUAUAUACACAGUUACAUUCAGGGAUUUUUCGAUGGGAUCAAAGGAUAUGGUAAAAAAGUUUCAGAAGUAAAAGAUUGUUAUCACCAUGCUGUCCAAAAGGCUGGAUAUAAGCACAGAGAGAGAAGGAAGUUCUUGAGGACUGCUCUGAAAGAACUUGGACUUAUACUGACAGAUCAACCUGGACUGCUGGGGCCUAAAGCAUUGCUGAUUUUCAUGGGCCUCUGCUAUGCAAGAGAUGAAGUAUUUUGGCUAAUACGACAUAAUGACAACCCUCCUCAGAAAGUUAAAGGGAAAUCAGCAGAGGACUUAGUGGACCGUCAUCUUCCUGAAUUGCUGUUUCACAUGGAGGAACUGAGAGCUCUAGUACGUAAAUAUAGCCAGGUCAUGCAAAGGUAUUAUGUUCAGUUUCUGUCAGGUUACGAUGCUGUGGCUUUGAAUUUGAUGAUACAGAAUCUGCAAGUUUGCCCAGAAGACGAGAGUAUCAUAUUGUCUUCACUGUGCAAUACUGCUGCCAACUUAAGUGUAAAGCAGGUUGAAGACAAUGAGUUAUUUGAUUUCAGAGCCUUCCGCUUGGAUUGGUUCAGACUGCAAACAUAUACAUCUGGUGCCAAAAGCACCUUCAAUCUAAGUGAUCAAAGAGAGUUGGCCCAGUUUAUUGAUAAAAUGGUUUUCCACACUAAGAUGGUAGACAACCUGGAUGAAAUUAUGGUGGAAACAUCUGACUUGUCUAUUUUCUGUUUUUACAGCAAGAUAUUUGAAAACCAAUUCCACAUGUGUUUAGAAUUUCCAGCACAAAAUAGAUACAUCAUAGCUUUCCCACUAAUUUGCAGUCAUUUCCAAAACUGCACUCAUGAACUGUGUCCAGAGGAAAGACACCAUAUUAGAGAAAGGAGUCUUUCUGUAGUGAAUAUUUUCUUAGAUGAAAUGGCGAAAGAGGCUAAAAAUAUAAUCACUACAAUUUGUGAUGAACAGUGUACAAUGAGUGAUAAAUUGCUGCCCAAACAUUGUGCCCAGACAAUAGCUCAGUUGGCCAACAGGAAGAAGAAAGAUAAGAAUAAGAAGAACACUAUUGAAAUUGUAAAGCCAGGAGCUGAAAGUUACAGAAGAACCAGAGAGGAACUCACCACAAUGGACAAACUUCAUAUGGCUUUGACAGAACUUUGUUAUGCUAUAAAUUAUUGCACAACAGUUAAUGUCUGGGAAUAUACUUUUGCUCCACGGGAAUAUUUGAACCAACAUUUGGAGAACAGAUUUUCAAAAGCACUGGUUGGUAUGGUCAUGUUCAAUCAGGAUACAAGUGAAAUCGCCAAGCCAUCAGAGUUGCUGGUCAGUGUACGAGCUUACAUGAAUGUAUUACAAACUGUGGAGAACUAUGUGCACAUUGACAUGACAAGAGUAUUUAACAAUUGCUUACUCCAACAAACACAGAACUUGGACAGCCAUGGUGAAAAAACCAUUGCAUCAUUGUACACUCAGUGGUACUCUGAAAUAUUACUCAGAAGAGUGAGUGCAGGGAGCAUCUGCUUUUCCAUGAACCAAAAAGCAUUUGUGAGUCUUACUGCUGAAGUAGCCAUUCCUUUCAAUGCUGAGGAAUAUUCUGAUAUCAAUGAGCUUAGAGCUCUUGCUGAAUUGAUUGGGCCAUAUGGUAUGAAGCUUUUGAGUGAAACAUUGAUGUGGCAUAUUUCAAGCCAAGUGCAAGAAUUAAAGAAGCUUGUCGUCCAGAAUAAAGAGGUUCUGCAAGCACUUCGGACCAACUUUGAUAAGCCAGAAAUCAUGAGAGAACAAUUUAAGAGACUCCAGCAAGUAGACAAUGUGCUUCAGAGGAUGACAAUAAUCGGAGUAAUACUAAGCUUCCGUCAGAUUGCCCAGGAAUCAUUACUGGAUGUUUUGGAGAGAAGAAUACCAUUUCUGAUAAGUUCAAUCAAGGACUUCCAACAACAACUGCCUAGCGGCGACCCCAUGCGAGUGAUCUCUGAAAUGUGCUCUGCUGCUGGUUUGCCUUGCAAAGUAGAUCCGACCCUAGCAUCUGCUUUAAGACAGCAUAAGGCUGAGUUGGAAGAAGAAGAGCACCUAAUUGUGUGUUUGCUGAUGGUAUUUGUAGCAGUUUCACUGCCUCGAUUAGCGCGAAAUGAGAGUUCAUUCUACAGGCCAUCUUUAGAAGGCCACGCCAACAACAUCCAUUGCAUCGCGCCUGCUAUCAACCACAUAUUCGGUGCCUUGUUCACGAUUUGCGGUCAGGGCGAUAUUGAAGAUCGUAUGAAGGAGUUCUUGGCCUUAGCAUCAUCGUCUUUGUUACGUUUGGGUCAAGAGACCGAUAAAGAAGCAAUAAGGAAUCGAGAAUCCGUAUAUUUACUUCUUGAUCUUAUAGUUCAGGAAUCACCAUUCCUUACGAUGGAUUUACUCGAAUCCUGUUUUCCAUAUGUACUGAUACGCAACGCUUAUCAUGAAGUACAUAAACAGGAGCAAAUGCUACUACAUUCAUAAUUUACAUGUUAUUUUGAAUGACGACAAUUAUGUAAUUUGUUUAGAUACCUUAUUUUUAUCGUCUAUGUGUAGACAUAUUCCAAUAUGAUUAAGUGUAAAGCCAUUAGUGCACUUUUUUGAGAUUAACUUUUCCACCUUUUUGUUCUAAUCUUUGAUAUACCUAUUUAAUUGUUUGGAAACGUGUAAAAGACUGGAAUACUAUUUUCCGUAAUAUUAUGUUAUAAAAUUAUAUCAUUAUAUUGUUUAGGAGUAAGUAAUGUAUUUUAUAUGUAUUUUUAUUUUUUAGAUUAAGUUUAAAAUAUACUAAAUAUUUUAUUUUACCGCCUGGGCUAUUAUGAGAUAUAUAUAAAAGCACCUAUGCGAUGCGAUUCUUCAUUGUAUCUCAGACUUGAAAAAUUAAACGACUGUAUCAAUGUUUAUAUUACGAAACCCUUAAAAAGUAAAUUACCAAAAUUGUAAAGCCCAUUGUUAUUGCCUGAAAUAUGUCAUUUCUACUUGAGCUCUCCUAGUGUGUAAAACAUAGCUCAUAUGAUCUGGUCUCCUCAUGACCAUGACAUACAUUAAUAAAACAAAACAUAAAACCGCGCUUUUUUCCAACUUUCUCAAGCUCCCUCGGGUAUACUUAGUCAAAACUAAACUUUUAACCAGACUUGAAAAAUGUAAAGCAGUAUAAAGUAUGUCGUCUUAACAAAACUUGUUUAUCACCAAUCAGUAGUUUCUUUCUUGUCCUAGAUGACUCAAUCAAAACGAUCAGUUCUUAUUUAGGUAUAGUUGCGAUCGCGCAAAAUCGAUUUGUUUUUGCAUUUAUAUUCCCACCACGCCUUGAAAUUGCGCGAAUUUUUUUAAAUUUAUUUUAUUGUUGUGCAAUUUUAUUAUUGACGAUCGGAAAACAAGCCUGUAAACAUAUUGUAAUAGAAUAUAUAUGCAUAUUCUAAUAGAAUAAAUAUUCUUCGAAAUGAAAUCAUGGUGAACUCACGCUCUAGUAUUUGGGCAGUGAAGAAAAUACUUUUAUCUUUUUCAUAGUUUACUAAUAAUACUAUAUUACUCCCAAGCAAUCACUCUACAGUUUAGCGCACCAGUUCACAUCAUAAAAUGGAAAUGACGAAAUCUUGUCUAAAAAUUCUGCUAUAUAAUUUAAGAAUAGAUAUUACAGCAUAAUUAUCUCCAUUGAUUAAAAAGUAAUGAGCAAAUUUUGUACCUUUUAAAUUUAGUAAACAUGUUAAAUAAACAUUACUUUCUAAAAUGAAUAA